GUGUCAUGCGUGUCUAAUUCUCAAUAUGUCAAAAUCAUCAAUAAAAUGUCUCCCACAGUUCGAAAGGGGUGUAGGUACAAUAAGAGUUCUCGAGAUGUGCAGACACGGACUAUCCCUUCUGAAUAUGAAGAGAAUGAUUCAACAAAUCACAAAAAGCUGGCAACAGAGUCAUCCAGUGAACUCCAACUGAUACAAGCUGAUGGAACAAAAUUAAGAAACCUGAGUGAUUCAUUCAGAUAUGAAAAUAAACGAUUACAAAGCCAUAAUAAAGAAUUGCUGCAAGCUCUGGAGGAGGAUAGGAUGAAAUUUGAAGAAGAAUUGAAUGAACUCCAGAGGAAUAUAAAACGCAACGAUAAUCGAUCGAUCGAGAUGAAGAAAUUCUUCAUCGAUCAACAAGAAAAAAACAAUGAAGAGAUGAAAGAUCUGAAAUCUACAAUUGAUAUCCUUGAGAAAAAAAAUAUUGAGACUUCCCUGAAGGUGAAUAAGUAUAAACGUAAAUUGAAAUAUGCUAUUCGUAUAAUAAAAGAGUUGAACACAAUGUUGAUGCGAUACACCACGCAACCUGUUGUUGUUAGUGCUGGAACUCAAACUGGUUAUGAGUGUUCGAAUCAUCAAAUUCAUCUGGUCCAACAAAAUGAUCCGUAUUCGAAUAAAAUCAAUGAUGGUUUACCGGAAAAAGAGGUUCUCUUACUAUCUGAUAUUUUUUUCAGAUCACGAUCGUUUUGUGAAGAACUUUUUGAUCUUGUUCAACAUUAAAAAGGAAGAUGUAAUAUUUUUUGAUUGCAUGAUUAUAUUAG